GCUUCGUGUCGUUACGUUUUCAGCCUGCGACAGCUCGGGCGGCAGUUUUGGCGUCUGAAUGAUAAACUUAGCGCUGUAUUUCAAUUUUUAUGUAUUUAGGCUAAAUUAAAAUGAUCCACGAGCUGUUGCUUGCGUUGAGCGGAUACCCAGGGACAAUUUUCACGUGGAACAAACGGACAGGUCUGCAGGUGUCCCAGGACCUGCCCUUCCUUCACCCCAGUGAGACCAGUGUCCUCAACCGUCUCUGUAAACUGGGCUCUGACUACAUACGCUUUACAGAGUUCAUAGAACAACACACUGGCCAUGUCCAUCAACAAGAGCAUCACACGAACCAGUCCAACCAGACUGGACUUCAUGGGAUUUACCUGCGGGCUUUCUGCACAGGCCUGGACUCUAUGCUGCAGCCAUACAGACAGACCCUGCUUGACCUCGAACAAGAGUUCCUUGGGGAUCCACAUCUGACAAUAUCCCAUGUGAAUUAUAAGCUUGAUCAGUUCCAGUUGCUGUUUCCAUCUGUGAUGGUGGUGGUAGAGACUAUAAAAUCACAGAAGAUCCAUGGCUGUCAGAUCCUGGAGACGGUGUACAAGCACAGCUGUGGGGGACUUCCUCCUGUUCGCAUGGCCUUAGAAAAGAUUCUUGCAGUGUGCCAUGGUGUGAUGUACAAGCAGCUAGCAGCUUGGAUGUUACAUGGAUUGCUGUUGGACCAAAGUGAGGAGUUUUUCGUGAAGCAGGGGCCCAGUGCUGGAGGAGCUGCUGCCAACCAGGAUGAGGAAGAGGAGGACCUGGGACUGGGAGGCUUGAGUGGGAAACAACUCCGAGAACUUCAGGACCUGAGGCUGAUCGAGGAGGAGAACAUGCUGGCUCCAUCUCUGCAGCAGUUCUCUCUGCGAACAGAGAUGCUGCCUUCUUACAUUCCCAUCCGAGUUGCUGAGAAAAUCCUUUUUGUGGGAGAAUCUGUCCAGAUGUUUGAAAACCACAACCACAGCCCAUCUAGAGCUGGCUCCAUACUGAAACACCAGGAGGACAUGUUUGCUGCCGAGUUGCACAAACUCAAACAGCAGCCUCUUUUCAGCCUGGUGGAUUUUGAAAAUCUCAUUGAUCGCAUCAGGAGCACAGUGGCAGAGCAUCUCUGGACUUUAAUGGUGGAGGAAUCAGAUCUGCUUGAACAGCUCAAGAUCAUCAAAGACUUCUACUUGCUGGGUCGUGGAGAGCUCUACCAGGUUUUUAUUGACCUUGCACAGCACAUGCUGAAGACGCCUCCGACAGCUGUGACAGAGCACGAUGUAAAUGUGGCCUUUCAGCAGGCAGCUCAUAAGGUGCUACUGGACGACGACAACCUCCUGCCUCUGCUGCACCUCACAGUCGACUACCAGGGCAAAGACAGCAAAGAGGGGUCAGGCCCCAGAGACGGAGCCACUCCCCCACAGGACACCUCCCCUCGUGAAGUCCCUCCCACAGGCUGGGCAGCUCUCGGCCUCACCUACAAGGUCCAGUGGCCUCUGCACAUCCUCUUCACCCCUGCUGUCCUGGAGAAAUAUAACGUUGUGUUCAGGUACCUGCUGAGUGUUCGGCGGGUGCAGUCGCAGCUGCAGCACUGCUGGGCUCUACAGAUGCAGAGGAAACACCUCAAGUCCAGCCAGACAGAUGCUGUGAAAUGGAGACUACGCAACCACAUGGCAUUCUUGAUCGACAACCUGCAGUACUAUUUGCAGGUGGACGUCCUGGAGUCUCAGUUCUCUCAGCUGCUGCAGCAGAUCAACUCUACCAGAGACUUUGAGAGCAUCAGACUGGCCCACGACCAUUUUCUCAGUAACCUGCUCGCCCAGUCCUUCAUCCUCCUCAAGCCGGUAUUCCACUGUCUGAAUGAAAUCCUGGAGUUGUGUCAUAAUUUCUGCUCACUGGUCAGUCAGACUGUGGCGUCUCUAGACGAGAGGGGAACUGCUCAGCUGGACAUACUGGUCAAGGGCUUCAGACGGCAGUCGUCCUUACUGUUCAAAAUCCUUUCAAGUGUGAGGAAUCAUCAGAUAAACUCUGACCUGGCUCAGCUGUUACUGCGACUUGACUACAACAAGUACUACACACAGGCUGGAGGAACCCUGGGCAGUGUUUAAGAAGAGCAAAAAGGAUUAAGAUUUGAAGAAAAUGUCCAUCUACGCUAAAUUCUCACACUGGACAGAAGAAAAUAUUGUACAUAGCUCACAUCAGUCCUUUGCCAAAAUACUGUUUAUGUGGCAUUCCUGUUAAAUUUGUCUUCAGGAUAAGUUCACCCAAAAUUAUAAAAUCCUAUUUUUGGAUUUCUAGUGGCAUCUAGCUGCGUGGCGAGCUUUUCUUUAAUUUGCAAAGAUGAUCAAAUACGUGCCUUUGAAACUUCUGCCAUCAUUAUAACAGGAGGAUUGGAGAACAGCCAGAAUCUAAACCUAAAUCAACCAAACUGAGUCAAAUCAAAUUGAUCAGGCUAAUUAAAGCUGAGGUUUAAAAACUGUUUGUAAAUAACUGUUUAUGUAGAACAGAUUAUUUACAGGAAUAGUUUUAACAUUUUGGGAAAUGUGCAUUUGCUUUGUAGUCAAAACUUGGAUGAAAAGACACAGUAGAUACAAAUCUCAUAUCUGUCUGUAUAUGAAGCUAACUCAACAACAAAGUGAAUAAGUAGACCUAGAGUCAUUCUUAAUUAAACCUGCUUUAUGAAACAAACCUCAGGAUAUCAGCAAAGACAAGCUGCUACCUCUGCUGUGGUUGCAUUUUUCAAUUCUGUUAACAUUACAUAUGAAAUUCCAUUCACUUCCACUGUUUUCUGAUCAGGCAGAAAUCUGAGACACAUCUUAACACAAAGCCAACACUAUCUGCAAGGUCAGGUGCCACUAGAUUUAAAGAGGAAUAUGUUUUUGUAGUUUGGAUGAUCUUAUUCUUCGAUUAUAGAACAAGCUUCUUGUAUAAACUGUAAAUACUAAAACCGUGCUGCGUGUACCAUUGUCUCUUGAGAAAAUAAACUUAAAUCUGUUAAAAUGAAA